GGCUAUCUUGAUCUUUCUUGCUCUCCUAAACCCCGCACUCCCCAGCCUUGUCCAGGUCGUAGCCGCCGGCGUGGACGCUCACUAAUUGCCGCGGGUGCCGUCGCUUCAGCGAGAGAUCUGUUGCUGCGCCGCGGAUUAACAGCGCCUCGUCACUCCACGCCGGCUUCUUUAAACGUGCCAUCGACGACAAUUGACUUUUGCCAACACCACACUCCCCACCAUGUCGUCGACAGUAGCCAGCUACCUCGACAGCAUCCCCGUGCUGCCGGCCCUCGUGGCGGCACACCCCACCAUCGCCAAGACGGUCGGCGCGAUCGCCCUCCUCGUCCUCGGCGUAUACAUCUACCUGUUCCCGUACCGCGAGGCGACGCUCACCUUCCGCAACCUGCGCGGACCCGCCCGCACCUCGCUGGUAUGGGGCAACCUGGGCGAGAUCAUCAAGGCGCCCCCGUGCGGCAAGCACGACGAGUGGAUCGCAGAGUACGGCCACACGAUCCGCUACACCAUGAUGUUUGGCGAGAGCCGUAUCGUCACUACCGACCCCGUGGCGCUCGGCUUUAUCCUGCAGCACUCUUACGACUUUAUCAAGCCCGAGCGCACCAACCAGUUCCUCGAGCGCAUGCUCGGCAACGGCGUGCUCACCGCCGAGGGCGAGGUGCACCGCCGCCAGCGCCGUGUGCUGAACCCCGCCUUCGGCCCCGCCGCCAUCCGCGACAUGAGCCCCGUGUUCUACGACAAGGCGUACGAGCUCCAGCGCAAGUUUAACACGUUCAUCGAGGACGAGGCGGCGGCGGAUGCCGACGUGACUUCGCCCACCCCCGCCAAGGACGUCGACAGGGUGCCGGGCGCACGCAAGAUUGACAUCAUGCGAUACCUGGGCCAGACGACACUUGACGUGAUCGGUGUCGCCGGGUUCAACUAUGACUUCAAGACGCUCAGCGAGAGGCGUAACCCGCUGGCCGAGGCGUUCAACGCCAUGUUCCAGAGCGGCACUCGGAUCACGGCGCUCGGCAUUCUUCAGAACUUCUUCCCCAUCCUCGACUUUAUUAAAACCAAGCAGACCCGCGUCGUCAAGGCGUCCCGCGACAAGACUAUCCAGAUCGGCAACGAGAUUGUCGACGAGAAGAAGAAGGCCAUCCGCGAGCUCGGCUCGGUCGAGAAGGACUCUGACCUCGGCAAUGACCUCCUCGGACGUCUGAUGAAGGCCAACAUGGCGCCCGACCUCCGCCCAGAGCAGAAGCUCACCGACGCCGAGGUUCUGGCCCAAAUCACGACCUUUAUGCUCGCCGGCAACGAAACCACGUCGACGGCCCUCACGUGGUGCCUGUACCGCCUCGCGCAGUACCAGCACUACCAGGACCGGCUGCGCGACGAGAUCCGCGCCGUGGGCGAGGAGCAGCCGUCCGAGGCGGUGGUCAACGCGCUGCCGUUCCUCGACAAGAUUGUGCACGAGAGCCUGCGCCUCGACUCGCCGGUGCCCGGCACGAUCCGCAUGGCGAACAAGGACAUGGUGGUGCCGUUCGGCACGCCGGUGCAGGGCCGCGACGGCAAGAUGAUUGACAGUGUGCUGUUGAAGAAGGGCGUGCAUGUGUUUAUGCCCAUUCUCACGACCAACCACGCCACCGACAUCUGGGGUGCCGACGCGGCAGAGUUCAACCCGGACCGUUACUCGCGCGAGGGCAUCCCCAAGGAGCAGAUCCCCGGCGUGACCUACGGCAACUUGCUGACCUUUAUCGGCGGCGCGCGCAACUGCAUCGGGUACAGGUUUGCCCUCGCCGAGAUGAAGGUUAUUCUCUAUGUGUUGAUCAGGUCGUUCAAGUUUGACCUGUUGAAGUCGAACCCGGAGUAUGAGAGGAAGGCACAGAUUGUCAUGCGCCCCCGCGUCGUGGGCGAGGAGGACGCCGGACUGCAGAUGCCUCUGCUGGUCAGCGUGGCGGAGUAGGGCGGGGACUUCGGCCUGCCGAGCAUAUGACGGGCCAAGCAUCAACCCAACCCUGCGCCGAGCUAGACCCGAGACGACUCGCUCAACCCGAAAAGCACCACUACGCGCACGCACCACUCACCCGCGGCCGGCCGUCGGCCUAUGUAGUACUUGCAUCAGUAUCAUCAACAGUAGUAUAAGAUCAAUGGACGAUUGAUCGUAUCGGA